AUGCCCAAGCGCACAACGGAAGAAAGCGAUGACCUUGACGGCCCACCUCAGAAGCGCAGGGCAAAAGAAGAAGACAAUUACAGUCGAUUCGUUCCACCCAGAACCCACCACCCACCCAUCACGCCCUCUCGCUCCGUAUAUUCCUACGAAAGACUGAACCAGAUUGAGGAGGGCUCGUAUGGCGUUGUUUUCCGCGCCCGCGACAAGGAAACAGGCGAAAUCGUCGCUCUCAAGAAGCUCAAACUCGAUGAAGAGAAAAAUGGCUUCCCAAUAACUGCUCUCCGGGAAGUGAAUGCACUCAUGUCCUGCAGACAUGAAAAUGUUGUCGGAAUCCGUGAGGUUGUUGUUGGGGACACAUUGACUCAGGUCUUCGUUGUAAUGGACUUCAUCGAGCACGACCUCAAGUCACUGCUCACCAUGAUGCCCGCUCCCUUUCUCCAGUCCGAAAUCAAGACAUUGAUGCUACAACUAUUGUCUGCUGUCGGCCACUGUCAUUCACACUGGAUUUUGCAUCGCGAUCUGAAGACAAGCAAUCUGCUCAUGAACAACCGCGGCACAAUUAAGGUGGCUGACUUUGGGCUGGCACGUCGCUACGGCGACCCUGUUGGUGUUGGUGGUUUAACACAACUGGUGGUGACCCUCUGGUAUCGCGCGCCUGAGAUCUUGCUUGGUGCAACCACUUACUCGACAGCCAUUGAUAUGUGGUCGGUGGGCUGCAUCUUUGCAGAGCUCAUAUUGAAAGAGCCUCUGUUCCAAGCUAAGGGUGAAACGGAGCUCUUGGCCAUGAUAUUCAAGUUGCUGGGACCGCCCACCGCAAACUCUUGGCCCGACUAUGCUGCUUUGCCCUUGGCAAAAACAUUGUUGUUGCCCUCCCCUCAACCGCCGCAAUUCCGACAAAAAUUUCCAUAUCUGACCACAGCCGGCCUCGAUUUGCUCAUGUCACUGCUGAGCUAUGACCCUGAACAGAGAAUCACCGCAGAAGAGGCUCAACAACAUCCUUACUUCACCGAAUCGCCUCUCCCCAAACAUCCGGAUCUAUUUGGUUCCUUUCCAUCAGUUGCUGCAGGAGAAAGAAAACGCAAGCCGUACAGUCCAUCAGCCCCAGCCAGAGCUGCCGAUUACAAGUUAUUACAUGAGUUUGAAAUUUAG